AUGCUGCCCUCCCACCUCAACGGCCACUCCCCACUCGCCCGCCGCCCGCGCAUCUCCGCCGCCACCGGGGAUACCCCGGCCCCGUCCGCGGCGGCGGCGGCGGCGGCGGGGGAUGCGGCGCUGGACGCGCACGACCGCGUCUACUUCCAGUCCUACUCCCACAUCGGCAUCCACGAGGCCAUGAUCAAGGACCGGGUCAGGACCGACGCUUACCGCGCAGCCAUUAUGCACCACCAGAAAUUUAUAGAGGGCAAGGUUGUGAUGGAUGUGGGGUGCGGAACUGGAAUACUCUCUGUGUUCUGCGCUCGUGCCGGCGCCAAACGAGUGUAUGCCGUGGAUGCUAGUGAAAUCGCUACCCAGGCUAGUGAAAUUGUAAAAGCGAACAAUCUAGCUGAUAAGAUCGUGGUCAUACAUGGACGUGUUGAGGAUGUUGAAGUCGAGGAGAAGGUUGAUGUAAUAAUAUCAGAAUGGAUGGGUUAUAUGCUUCUCUAUGAGAGUAUGCUGCCCAGCGUCCUGUUUGCAAGGGAUAAAUGGCUCAAGCCUGGGGGUCUCAUCCUUCCUUCGCAUGCUACGCUUUUCAUGGCACCCAUAACAAAUUCUGAUAGAUAUGAAGGCAGUGUUGAUUUCUGGUGUGAUGUUUAUGGCAUAAACAUGUCUGCUCUUGUGCCACUUGCCAAAAAGUUUGCAUCUGAGGAACCCUCCAUUGAACUAAUCGGUGGAGAGAAUGUUAUAAGUUGGCCUUUUGUGGUCAAGCACAUUGACUGCUACACUUUCACGGUUGAGGAGUUCAAAUCUGUUGCCACAACAUACAAUGUAUCGUCAAUGAUGUUAGCUCCAAUUCAUGGCUUUGGUCUCUGGUUUGAGGUGGAGUUCAAUGGGCCUGCAGAGUCUUCGCAAAAUUUGUCCUCAGAGUCAAAUCCAGCUGAUAUUAUUUGUAAGAAAAGGAGUCGAGGAUCAGAUAACACAGUUGUGCUGUCUACAGCCCCCGAAGAUGAGCCAACACAUUGGCACCAGACCAUAUUCUACUUUUCUGAUCCUAUAGAGGUAACACAAGAUCAAAUUAUAGAAGGUUCUGUUAUGAUCUCCCCAAGCGAGGAGAAUCCUCGUUGUCUGAAUAUUCACUUGGAGUGCUCCACAGGAGGUCAAACCUUGGUGAGGGAUUUUGCGAUGCGAUGAACUGGUGUGAUUUGUCAGUGUCAGUCUCACCACUUGAAAGAGCCUCUUUUAGCAACCACUAACUGAAGUCACUUGUCAUUGAUGUUCGCGUGUGUCCAGUGUCCACUUAGUAACCGAACAACAGCAUCGAAGAUGCCUCCAUUUUUCCUCUAUAGUUUUUGGCUGUUUUACUGGAGAUGGAAAAGAGCUGUAGCAUUUUGCAUCGGAGUGUAGUGGAAGAUUGCAUUGCAGAAUUUCAAUUUGCCAAGUGCUCUUUGUACUUUUGUACUGCUAUAUUUUGUGACCUAGAGAUAUGGCCAA